GCCAAAGUGCUGCUGAGGACACUUUUGUCCCGGUCCAGCGAGGAGUGCCCCACGGUGGAAGUGGACAGUGAGUCGUCUUCCUGUGGCCUUCCCUAAUUCCUCUACGACAGUGCUGCGGAGGUCCGACCAGUCAGACCUGCUCAGGAGCACCACGCCGCAGGGAUGCAAGGUCAUUAUCGCUCUCUCACCAUGUCGUCUGGCCACUACAGUAGCUAAUGUGCUAGUGCAAGUAGUGAUGCAUCACUUUCCGGGUUAUGAUAGUGAACUGUGUAACCAGCCUCAAGACUAAAAUUAAUGAGGGAAGUUGGGAGUAUGACCAUGUCCAAUGAUGCCUGUGUUUUUAGACUAUAACUAUUUCAAUCAGAAGUAAUUUGCAGAUAUUGCAAGUUUAGUUUUCACAACAUCUCAAACUGAAAAAAGUCAGUAAUUGCCCAGCGAGACAGAGAGAGGUUUUGGAUGUGGGCAAUGGUAGAAUGGUACCAUUUCUGUUAAGUAUGAACAAUCGCUGCACUGAAAUGAAACUUCCCCCAUAUGACAAAGAAUCACAACACUUUUAACGUAGGCCUCUUUUUGAAUCCCUGGCAGCCUGUCUUCAUAGGGCUCUCUAUUCAGACAAAGGGAAAACCAGAGUCCCAGCCUCCCCCUGUCUCUGAGCUCUGUGUGGGCCUCCCUUUCUGACAGGACUACAAAGUGGUGAAGAGGACAGCCAGGACGAGAGCCCCGUGGAAAGUAUUCCUAUUAGAGGUAAAAAGGCAGCGCCGAGCCCUGCAUUCAGAGUUCUUGUGUGGUGUUUGUUUUCCUCCCACAGCCACUGAUAAUGGGCUCUUUUAAAUGGAUGGCUGUGGCAGGAUGAUCAAGGUAAAUCUGGGGUCAAAGUCCUACCUGAAGAGCUGUGCAGUUCCUCUAAUUAUCUUGGAGAAACAGUGCAUGCUUUCAGCUGGCCAGAGCAGAGGCGUGGCCAUAUUGAUAAUUCGCACCCGCAUAAUGCACCCGUAUAAUGCAACGGUUUAAUUGUCAGGACACCGGGGUGUAGCUAGAGAUCGGUCAUUGGUUCUCAUUAUCUUCUAAACAAUGCUUUGCAGCAGCAUACCUGAAAAGACGAGAUGUGAAGGCAUGCUGGGUUCCAGUCCACACCAGAAUCUCAGAAAUGUAAAACAAUCUAUUGUUUCACUUGGCUAUCAUAGAUUUCAUACUGAGCGUUUCAUUUGUGAGCAUCUACAAUGGCGCAAGACCACAGGACCAGUCCAGUUUCAAAUCGCAACUAAUCAAAAGCUAAAUAUUUUUUGAAAAGAGACAUUUACAGUCCAGUUUCAUGGCUGGAGCCACUGCUGGGCAACAGUAAGUGAUGUCUAUCUGUUACCACACACUGGCAACACAAGCUGAAGGUAAUGAGUUAAGAAUGUGUAGCUGUAUAUGCUUAAAGUGACAUGCAUUUGUUAGUCCUCGCAAACAAUUCUACAGACAGAACAACUACAAUGGACAGAUACUUAUAUAUACAGUGCAUUCUGAAAGUAUUCAGAACCCUUGACCUUUUCCACAUUUUGUUACGUUACAGCCUUAUUCUAAAAUGCAUUAAAAAAAAAAAGAAUCUUAAUCAAUCUACGAACAAUACCCCAUAAUGACAAAGCGAAAACAGGUUUUUAGAUUUUUCUUUGCAAAUGUAUUAAAAAUAAAAUACAGAAAUAUAUUAUUAACAUAAGUAUUCAGACCCUUUGCUAUGAGACUCGAAAUUGAGCUCAGAUGCAUCCUGUUUCCAUUGAUCAUCCUUGAGAUGUUUCUACCACUUGAUUGGAGUCCACCUGUGGUAAAUUCAAUUGAUUGGACAUGAUUUGGAAAGGCACACACCUGUCUAUAUAAGGUCCCACAGUUGACAGUGCAUGUCAGAGCAAAAACCAAGCCUUGAGGUCGAAUGAAUUGUCCAUAGAGCUCCGAGAGGAUUGUGUCGAGGUACAGAUCUGGGGAAGGGUAUCAAAAAAUGUCUGCAUCAUUGAAGGUUCCCAAGAACACAGUGGCCUCCAUCAUUCUUAAAUGGAAGAACUUUUGAACCACCAAGACUCUUGCUAGAGCUGGCCACCCAGCCAAACUGAGCAAUCGGGGGAGAAAGGCCUUCUUAGGGAGGUGACCAAGAACCCGAUGGUGACUCUGACGGAGCUCCAGAGUUCCUCUGUAGAGAUGGGAGAACCUUCCAGAAAGACAACCAUUUAUGGUAGAGUGGCCAGACGGAAGCCAGUCCUCGGUAAAAGGCACAUGACAGCCCGCUUGGAGUUUGCCAAAAGUCACCUAAAGGACUCUCAGACCAUGAGAAACAAGAUUCUCUGGUCUGAUGAAAUCGAGAUUGAACUCUUUGGCUUGAAUGCCAAGCGUCACAUCUGGAGUAACCCUGGCACCAUCCCUACAGUGAAGCAUGGUGGUGGCAGCAUCAUGCUGUGGGGAUGUUUUUCAGCGGCAGGGACUGGGAGACUAGUCAGGAUCGAGGGAAAGCUGAACGGAGCAAAGUACAUAGAGAUCCUUGAUGAAAACCUGCUCCAGAGCGCUCAGGACGUCAGACUGGGGCGAAGGUUCACCAUCCAACAGGACAACGACCCUAAGUACACAGCCAAGACAAUGCAGUAGUGGCUUCGGGACAAGUCUCUGAAUGUCCUUGAGUGGCCCAGACAGAGCCUGGACUUCAACUCGAUCGAACAUCUCUGGAGAGACCUGAAAAUAGCUGUGCAGCGAUGCUCCCCAUCCAACCUGACAGAGCAUGAGAGGAUAUGCAGAGAAGAAUGGGAGAAACUCCAAGCUUGUAGCGUCAUACCCAAGAAUACUUGAGGCUGUAAUCGCUGCCAAAGGUGCUUCAACAAAGUACUGAGUAAAGGGUCUGAAUACUUAUGUAAAUGGGAUAUUUCAGUUUUUUAUUUGUAAUACAUUUGCAAAAAUGUCUAAAAACCUGUUUUUGCUUUGUCAUUAUGGGGUAUUAUGUGUAGAUUGAUGGGGAAAAAAGCAGAUUUAAUCAAUUUUAGAAUAAGGCUGUAACGUAACAACAUGUGGAAAAAGUCAAGGGGUCUGAAUACUUUCCGAAUGCACUGUAUUUGUCAUAUAAAUGUUACAUUGUUUCAUCAUUUCUGUAAGGCCAAACAUACAUUUGUUGCCCACAGAGUUCAAAGUAUUCGUGCCCACAAAUAGCGCGCUUGGAUGCGAAAACUGAACCCCUAGCCUGAAACUUGGAUUUAAACAACUAUAUUGCUAUUAUGUUGAUUUACCAUGGUGUGUUAGUGUGUCAUCAUCUUUAGACAAAUUUACAGCCUUUCAGCUUCUCUAUUGAUUUUGAAGCCUGUGUAGUUGUCAAAUAUGAUACCUAAUCCACUGUAUAUGGAAGUAGUUAGUGUUUUAUUUAAAGAAAAUCCGUCAAUCUCUUCUGAGUAGGGAGGCCUGCCUAAUACAAAGAUAAUGUGGAGAGUGAUUAUGGUGUCGUGGAAACUGUUUCUCCUCUUGGCGUUAAAUACACAGUUUAGCCUGCCCUGCUCUGUUUUUACCCACUCUGUUCAUCAGAAGGCCCAAAGAGCCAGCCAUCGGAGCGUGUUGUCUCAUCAAACUCACAGCCUCUGAAAGUUCGAAACCUGGGUCUUGAGUCAAUAUUUAACUGGGGCAUUUUGUGUUUUUUGAACAGAAACAAAAGCAUAUCAGCUGCUUAAACAGUCUGCCACGCAGGAGAGGCAGCAGAGCUCUGGAGACGAGGAGGAGGAGGAUCUGUCAGGUAAGGCGAGACAUCACCCGCACCACCACACACCACCCCUCCAGCCAGCCACUGUGGCCUAA